AUGUACGCCAGGAAUGCCAGGCUGUCGGAAUCUGGUGCCAGAAAUGCCCUGCACUACGGGACCCUCCUGGGCAGCAGAGCUUGUGCCCACAUGGCAGCAGCUGCCUGGGCCAGUGCCUUUCUCUAUUCACUGCUGCACACAGCCAAUACAUUUUCCCUGCCCCUGUGCCAUGGUAAUGCCUUGGGCCAGUUCUUCUGUGAAAUCCCACAGAUCCUCAAGCUCUCCUGCUCCAAAUCCUACCUCCGGGAACUUGGGCUCAUUGCAGUUAGUGUCUGUUUGGUAUUUGGUUGUUUUGUGUUCAUUGUUUUCUCCUAUGUGCAGAUCUUCAGGGCUGUGCUGAGGAUCCCCUCUGAGCAGGGACGGCACAAAGCCUUUUCCACCUGCCUCCCUCACCUGGCCGUGGUCUCCCUAUUCCUCAGCACUAGUACAUUUUAUUAUCUUAAGCCCCCCUCCAUGUCCUCCCCAUCCCUGGAUCUGGCCCUGUCAGUUCUGUACUCGGUGGUGCCUCCAACUGUCCAAUAA